AUGGGGAGAGGCGGCUGCUGCGCAAGCAGCUUGCUGGCUGUGUGGCUAGUUGUUGUGGUGUGCUCCACGACGGCAGCUGCUGCUGAGAGCCAUGUCGUCGGAGACACCAAGGGGUGGGGGUUCUCCGUCGCGUAUGACGGCUGGGCCAGUGGGAAGAUCUUCGCCGCCGGCGACACGCUGGUGUUCAACUACCAGCCGGGGGUGCACAACGUGGUGGCGGUGAGCGCCGCCGAGUACAGGAGCUGGAAGGUGCGGGACUCGGCGGACGCGGCGGCGACGGCGGCCGGGAGCGCCAGGCUCGACCUCAAGAAGGGCGCCAACUACUUCAUCUGCGGCCUCCCCGGCCACUGCGCCGCCGGCAUGAAGCUCCGGGUCGUCGCCAACUAA